UAUCAGAUGAUAUAAGAAGUAGUGUUCUUUUUAAGGAAAAUAAGUUAUUGAAAAUUAAAGACGUAUAUAACAAAUCAAAUAAAAAUACAGUGUAACUAUGGCAGUUUACGCUGCUCAUUUGACCCGCACGUUACAGGGGACGCCGUCGGUCUUUCAGGUGACUGCGCAGGAAGCCCUCGGAUCUACAGUAAAGCCCGCGCUACGAAAACUUGUUGAAUAUUUAGCAGCAGUAUAUCCUGAUAAGCUUAGUUGGAGUGAGCGAUGGUAUGAUGAGUUGUACCUACUGUUGGACUGCAUAGUUCAAUACCAUUAUCUCAAACAUUAUGCUGCUUCUUUUUCUGAGAGCUUCUAUGGCUUGGUGAGGUCACCAAUAAGUCCAAAUCAUGAGUUCAAUUCAGGCCCCCGUUUACCGCAUAAGCUUGAGCAAGCCUCAUUACUAUUCCUAGUGGGACUGCCUUAUAUGCAGGAUAAGAUUGAUAAAAUAUUGGAGGGAUGGAGAGAAGAACUGGACGAAGGACGCCUUGGUAAGAGUAAAGGAGAUCAAGCCUGUAAAGCAGCCAUCAGACUAUACACAAUAUCAAAUUUUGUGAGUGAGGUCAGCAAAUUGGUGGUAUUGGCCCAAUACUUGACUGGCAAGAGCCCGUCUCCUACAUUGUCACUGCAACUUUUGGGGUUAACAUUAAAAGAUGCACCCCCAGAGGAACCAGAUGAUAAUUCUUGGGGGGAUUUGUUCAGAAAUUUAUUGAUGGGACAAUUUAGCAGUGCGGUGUUAUCCUUUCGAAUGUGUGUCUCAGCAUGUCGACUUCUUAUGGAACGUGGUGCGUUCGUGGUACAACUGCUUAGGUGGUGGGAGUCUCGUGCCCCCGCAGCAUGUUCCGCGCUACCUCCACCACCACCACCUCAAGCACGGAGAGACGAGUACCGAUGGUUGAACGCAUGCCCUAUAUGUCUUCAAUCGUGGAGGGUGCCCACCGUGUUGCCAGUGUCAGGUUACGUGUUCUGCUACACGUGUAUCUCCCGUCAUUUACGUCGCUCGGGCUCGUGUCCCGUAACGAGGCUUCCGGCCAGCGAGCGCUCAUUGGUCAGGCUGUACCUGGACCUGUGACAUCAAAAUAAAACCUUUCAAUUAACAAUAAUAAUUAACAUAGCGAUUUUAUUAUGACAUGUGCUAGGUGAUGUAGAGACAAAAACAACGAAGCAAUCCAUGUGAGUCGUGAUUCUUUUAGAACAGUUAUUGUGUCAUGAAAAUGUAAUCGUUACUAUUUUAAUCAUAAAAUACGCCCAAAAUAUCGCUUUUCGCCACAAACCUGAUUUAGAAUUUUUAAUUUUAAAAAGAUUUUUUGUCCAAAAAGUUUUUGCCAGUUCUCAUCACGCCUUGGUGUUAAAUACCUUAGCUUUCAUAUUAAAAAGAGCUGGCUCUUGUCAUUAUGUUUUAAAGCAAUUCCUGAUGUUUCCUGUUAUUUAGCUGGAUUGUACUUCCAGGAACAAAAGAAUAAAAUUUAACGUCAUACCAACACAUAAUGUAUACCACUUUCAUUUUUAUCAUGCUUAAAAGAUGGAAUACCCCACUGGUCUUAGGAUGAUAAGAAUAGUCAUGCCAAUAAAAAACCGUAUGGGUUUCAACAACUGCAAAAAAAAUUUCUCAAUUUGGUAUCAAUUUUUCUCUUUACAUCCAUAUAAAUGAGUUUCUGUAUCUGAAAAUGGAAGUUCUAGUAGCUUCUACAAAAUAAUCAAUAAGUUUAAAAACUAAUUCCGUUCUAUUACAUAUAUGCUGCCCAGCCUUCGCUAGCUUUAAAAAACCCAAAGACGGCCUACAAUCUCUAUUAUAGACUGUCAAGUUCGUAGUUUUUCUCGCCCAAACUCCUGAAAGUGGUCCCUCGUCCAACCGAUGCUUCAUUCCUUACCAAAUGGCUUAUAUCUCUUUUAUUUUUACUUGACUAUCAUCUACUUUACUCUAUCUAAAUCGUUUAGUUUUUUUGGAAUUCUUAAGGACAAUUUUAAUUCCCAAUACAAAGAAUUAUUCCGAUGGUCACGUGGUGGUUUUGUUAUUGUCCUUAGAAUUACAAGAGUUGACGACUAAACAAGUUUGUUUGCAUCUUACUUGCUAGUAUCACCGUUUUUAUUACAUAAAGAGUAAAGACUAAUCCAAAUGUAUCUGGAAUUUUUAAAGGAUUAGUAUAAGUCUAGUUAAUUGUACACCAUAAAGCCCAUCUUAAUGGUUGACCUUGUUCUUAGCCUGAUUAGAUAAGACCGGAUAAAUCAGUUUGGUGCUAGGUGACAUAUGCGUGGCCCAUAUUAUUGUAAUUAGCGUUUAAAACAGCAGUAAGUUCUGAGCGUGUAAACGGUCUUUUUAUGUGCUUAUUACUCUUUUAAGUGAAAGUUUCAAAUAUAUAAAACUUGUUUACGUUAAAUAUCUUUGUGUAUACUUUGAUUUUUUUUUUUGCUAUCCCUGAGCGUGUUAUAGUGAAUCCAAAAAAGGUGCCCGAUUUCAUGUUGAUCUCAGAAAUGAGGAAACCGAUUUUUAGAAACGGUAAAUCAUCGUUCAGAUUUUUAGUGACCAGGAAUUAACAGUGUGGUGGGCUACAACUAACUAAAAAUUACUGUAAUUGUAUUAAGUGACACUUCUAAAAACAGACUGAUAUUAUAUGCCUGCUCCAAGCGCUCUAUUCUAUAAUUUGUGAUUUAAAAGCAUUUUUAAAAUAAUAUCUCGGGACCAUAAGGUUUGUUUAUUCAAACCGUUAUUGUGAAUACUACCUUCUUGCCUCUUCAGAUGCCGUCCAUAAUACGAUGGCAUCACUUGUAUGUUAUUAGGUAAAAUUAUAAGCUAUGGCCUUAUCUUUAGUUAUAUAGCCUAGAUAACCUUUUAAAUUUGUGAUGUAACAAGUAACAAAUGGUAAAGCAAUGCAUUUAUGUAUGUAUAUAAAAAGUACCAAUUAUUAUUAAUUAUUGUAUCAAAUAAAUUUAGUAUUUGUACAAGAAUACGAAAUACGUAUAAAUAUGACUAGGGAUCCAAUUUAGUUUAAUCAGGUUGGAGAUUGUUUUUAUCUUAAUUUAAAAAAAUGUUCUUAAAUUAGUUCUAUUUUUAAAUUUGAUUGUCAUCUGUCAAAGUCUCCACGUUGGUUCCCAAUAUAUAAAAAUAUUAAACCAAUGACAACCUUUUUUGAUUUAAUAAUAAAACUUAUGUGAAUGUUUUAAAUAUCUCCAUUUAUUUAUUUAUUGUUCUGAGGGAAUUAGGUAUUUGUUACUUUAAUAAUAUAUUGCUGAAAUAAACCAAAGGUGCUAAAUAUAUGUGUUAUAUAAGUUAUAAGGUGAAGGAUAGAAAAUAUUUUAUAAUAUUGUGGUUAAUUCUGAUGUCGAUGUAAUUUAUAAUGGAACUUUAAUAAAUAACAAUAAUAAAACGGA